AUGGCUUCUGCUGCCGUACAGCUUCCUGGUGUCGUGGACGCCAUCCCAGCGAACAAACCAUCCGUUCCAGUAUCGGAUGCACCACACCACGUUCAGACUACGCUGAACUUCCAUAAAGAUAACGAGGACGGCUCUCCUCCAGCUCCAUCUUACGUGGGUAGACCCGAGACCUAUGAGAGGCCCAUAACUACCACCCCGGUUACUAUCCAUGAUGUUAGCGGCCACGAACUAGACUAUUCGCUCGACGGCCAAGGAUUUCAGUUCUACUAUCAUGAAAGUAAAGAGAAGGACUUCGUGGACGACGAAAAAAUCAAACGGGAGUACUAUCCUGAGACCGAGCAGUUGCUUAAAGAUGCGUAUGUGACAGAUUCCCAUGUUGCUGAACCUGGCCUUUUACCUCACAGCUAUAAUUUGUUGCAAAUAACUUACUCUUCUAUUCACAAAAGGACCGGAGCCUCUCGCAUCUUCAUUUUCGAUCAUACCAUCCGCCGCGCCUCACCAGACGGAACCGUCUCCAGUCAAUUCCGUGGUCCUGUCCAACGGGUUCACAUCGAUCAAUCAUUCGACGCCGCCAAGACCAGGGUUCCCUUCCACAUUCCAGAAGAUGCACCCGAGCUUCUAAAGGGGAGAUAUCAAAUUAUAAAUGUGUGGCGGCCUAUUAGAACUAUCUUGAAGGAUCCCCUCACCGUUGCCGAUGGCAAUACCGUGCGGGAUAGCGAUCUUAUUGUUACUAAGCUCAUUUACCCCAAUCGAGAGGGAGAAACCUAUGCUGUGCGAUCUAAUCCGGAGCAGAAGUGGUACUUCCGAUAUGCGCAGACACCAGAUUUGGUGACUUUGAUCAAGUGCUUUGAUUCAAAGACGGAUGGUAGGGUGCGACGUGUACCCCAUUCCGCAUUUGUGAAUCCUGAGACGGAACAUGAGGCUGGUCGCGAGAGCAUUGAGAUUCGAGCAUUGGUUUUCCAUCCCGAUGAUUAUGAAUAA